AUGCCUCGGGACGGUAAGAUAAGACCUCAUAUCAACAGACUUGAAAGUCUAUCUUUUGCAAAAAAAGGAAAAGAAAUCAAUGGACGUUCCUGCAUAGCAUUGCCUUCAACCUCACUUCACUUAACCGUAACAGGUCAUAAUGCUAUAACAGCUCGUUCUGUCACCGCUUUGAGUGUCACUUCUCUGUUCCGGGUCAUAGUGACCUCUGCCGAUCGGUCAUCGACGGAUCGGCUUUCGCUUUCUCAGGAGACACUCAAUGAUCCACGGUUCGGCCUCACACAAUGA